AUGUGUGGUUCCAUCGCAGGUACCAUCACUCAGAGCAAUAAAAAAGUGCCCGCUAUCUUCUCCUGGAGCCCCUUCGGCAAGAUACUCAACGGUCUCAAGUUCCCCAAGGCCACCCUCUACAUGCCCUGCGCCGCGCACCGAGACCUCGACAUCUAUGUCGUGAUCCGCAAGCUCGACACAGCAGGGACCGCCAUGCUCGGCCUCAAUGUCCUCUGGUCCUCCAUCCCGCCGGAAAACGCCACCGACAUCCUUCUGUACAUGGGGCCCGUUGGCAUGCUGCGCGCCUCGCACCGCGAGAUCGACGACCGGCGCUCCAGGCACUCGAACUAUCCGUUCCACCCGCAUGCGACUGUGCAGCCUGUGCGCGAGGGGGAGGUCGUGAAGCUGGAGAUCGGGAUCUUUGCGAUGAGCGUGGAGUUUGAGGCGGGCGAGGCGGUGCAGGUCUGCGUUUCUGAGCAGACGCUGCAGAUUCACUCGUUUGAGGCAUUAAAGGGCGCCUUGGGGAUUGUGGAUAACCAGGGCGUGCAUUUGGGGGGGCGCGUGCCCAAGUCAUCUCGUGAUUGGGUUGGGUCUACACUGUACGCCUGA